AUGGAUAUCUAAAAAAUCAAUAGAUGGAUAUGUCUGCAUCCUAACUGUAACUUGGGAAGGGCAGUUGACACUGUGCCUGAAUUACUAUCGCAUUCGUAACAGCAACAUAAAUUAAUAAAGUUUGAUAAAUUUAGAGAGAUGAUUAUUAGUUUUGUUGAUGAUUGUAGUCUCUCUCGUUUAUCAAACGAAUAGCAUUAUCUAACCAUCAUAAAUAGGAUUCUCUAGUACUUUUUGAGAAAACUUUUAAAUAGUAAAUUUUGUACACAUAACAAUUCUAGAAAAUUUGAUGAAUUCUAUGAACAAAUACACCCUCGUUAGAUGUUCGUUGAAGUCACCUAGGCCAUUAUGCAGUAGAAUGAGAUAGAUAAGGAAAUCCUGAACAUAUACUUGGACAAUUACAUCAAGAAGUUUGAGAUUAGCCAAUAAACUUAGCAAAAGCUUUACACAUUGUAAAGUUAAAUCUAAAAUUUUUGUUAAUCACAAUAAAUAGAUUUGUUGAGUUAGUUUGUAAAGCAAUUGCAAUUACGGGAACCGGCUAAUGUUAUCAAAUAAUCACAGGAAAUUAUAAAUCCUGUAAAAUAAAUAGAGUAAAAUAUUGCGCAAUUCGAUAUCAAAUAAUCAAGCAAGGAACUAGUGUUCACCAAAAAUUUAAGAGUUGCUACUACACAAGACUAUAAGUGCUAUGCUUACUUCAAGGGAGUAGAUGAAGUCAGAAAUAAAAUCAUGCAAAUCAAAUUGAAAGUACUUAAAGAUGAUGAUUUCAUCUUCAACAUAGGAGUUGUUAGUGUAAAUCAUGAUCUAAAUGAUUAUGAAGGUUGUUUUCUACUAACUUAAACAGGCACUUUUCUUUUGGAAAGAGAAUCUUCAUAAUCUAAACUCAAAGUAAAUGAUGGAUCAAUCAUUAAAGUCAGGUAUGCGAAAAAGCAUCCUAAAAAAGUAUUCUUCCAAGUUGAUAACAAUUUAAAUGAUAAAAUUAAGUUGAAUUAGGAGCUCAUCCAUUUUUAAUUUAUAGUUAUUUUAAAAAAUGCUGAGGUUGAAUUAGUUUGAUUUAAUGUAUAAUUAUUUUAUAAUCAUAAAUUGCAUUUAAUAA